UAUGAGGUAAUUUCAUAUGCCUGGGGUAAUGUGAUGUCGGAAGAGAAUAUUAUCUGCAACGACAAAGUCUUGAGGAUAACAUCGAGCCUCGCGGUCGCCCUUCGAAGGACACGCCUCCUAGACCGGCCUCGGGUCCUCUGGGCCGAUGACAUCUGUAUUAACCAGAAGGGCGAGUCCGAGAAGGCACAGCAAGUGCCCCUUAUGGCGGCAAUUUACUCGCAAGCUGAGCAGGUUCUCUGCUGGCUUGGCGAAGGCGAUGAA